GGAAAGUGAGAGAGAAGAUCUGUGCAUUUUAGACUAGGGGGAGGAGGGAGGGGGAAAGGGAAGCUGAGGCUGUAAGAGAUGCAGAGAAGGAGGGAAAGGCAGAAGCCAGCAAGGGAGGUAUAGGAGACUCUGGGAGGACCGAAGAAGGAGGGAGCAGGAGAGAGGGAAGGCGGGAGAGGCAGGGCAGAUAAAAGCGGGGAGGAGAGGGAAGGGGGGAAUAGAAUAGAAUAGACAGAUGGGGGGACACUGAAGGAGUGGGGAGAAAGAGAAAGGGGAAGAACAGCCUAGAGAGGAGGGGAAGGGAAAGACAGGUGAGUGAAGGAGGGACAGACAGAAGGUGGAGAAACAGGGAGGAGGAGAACAGCAAAAAGAGAGAGGCAAGCAAGGAGAGGUGGGAAAGCAGCAGACAGGAGAGAGGGGACAGAAAGAAAGAGAGCAACUGAAGAGAGGAAGCGGAAAAGAAAGAAGUUAAGUUAGGGACUCCAAAGAUCUCAUCCCAUCCUUACCUGCUGCCUGCCUCCCCUCCUCCCCAUCUUAUUCUCCAGCAGGACCACCACGACCCACGUAGCAAGGAGUCCCACAGCUCAACUCCUCUGACCUUUCCCCCCAAAAGGGAAAGGAGGCAAGAUUGGGCGAGGGGGCGGCGGGGGGAGGGGGCUGUCGGAUGUACACCCCUACGGAGUGAUAUCCCACAUCACAAACUCUUUGCAUCCCCUAGCCUUCCCCCCUCCCCCUCCCCCACGCCACCUCCAUCUUCCCAAAAUCUAAUCUACGUUGUGAGAGGAGGGGGGCAGGAGUUAUCCCCUGGAGAGGGGGCGGGAGAAAGAUGGAGGGCUGGGAAGAGAGCUAGGAAAGGCGGGCGGGGGGGGGCAGACGGGAGAUAGAGAGAUAAAUAGCUAGCUAGAGUGAGCAUGGAGAGGGCAGCAGGGGGCUUUCAAAGGUGAGGGGGGUUGUCUGGGGACCAUAAGGACUCACUGGACCACGCGUGGAUCUCCGGCGGUGGGGGGGCGGGCACCAGUGCCGUCUCCAGUGCCUGCGGACCGGGGUUACUGCCACACGGGAUGCUGAGGAGGGGACAAAUCCAAUUCUGAGCCCCCCCCUUCCUUCUACACCAUGAUGGGGACCAGCCUGGGGGGGCUUUAUCUGCUGGGAGUAUUGGCAGCAACUUGUAUGGCUGUACAGUUUGUUCCUGCCAAGACUUAUGAGGACUGGUGGGCAUACAAGGAGACCCUGCAUGGUAGCUUUGUGCCAGGUCCCCCGUUCUGGGGCCUGGUGAAUUCAGCUUGGAGCCUCUGCACCAUUGGCAAACGCCAGUCACCCGUGGAUGUGAACACGAGCCAAAUGGUAUUCGACCCCUUCCUUCCACCCCUUCGACUAAGCAUCGGCGGGAAGAAGAUACAGAUCAGUGGCACCAUGUACAACACAGGGCGGCAUGUCUCCUUCCGCCCAGACCCGCUGCAGCUGGUCAAUGUUUCCGGAGGCCCUCUGCUAUAUAGCCACCGCCUCCAGGAGCUGCGCCUCCACUUUGGAAGCGAAGACGGAUUUGGCUCUGAGCACCGAAUAGAUGGCGAGGAGUUUUCUGCCGAGGUGCAGCUGAUCCACUACAACCAGGAGCUGUACCCCAAUAUCUCAGAGGCCUCGCGCAACCCCAAUGGUUUGGCUGUCAUUUCCAUCUUUGCCAAUAUCGGGCCUACCCCCAACCCAUUCCUGACCAGGCUGUUAAACAGAGAGACCAUUACCCGGAUCUCCUAUAAGAAUGAUGCAUAUCUUCUCCAUGAUCUGAAUCUGGAGGACCUUUACCCUGAGACAUUUGGCUUCAUCACCUACCAAGGAUCCAUGUCAACCCCUCCAUGCUAUGAAACAGUCACCUGGAUCCUCAUUGACCGACCCAUCAACAUUACCUCAGUACAGAUACAUUCUCUCCGCCUCCUCAGCCAGAACCUUCCUUCUCAGAUUUUCCGGAGCAUGAGUGACAAUUCAAGACCCAUUCAGCCCCUCUUGCAUCGAAGCCUCCGGAGCAACAGAGAUCUGCGGCGUCCCACUCGACGUUGCAAGGGGGCCAACUACAGAUUACAUGUGGAUGGUGCACGGCCUCCCAAAACUGCGUUGUAGCUGGGGUCUGUGAAUGUUUGAGGGUGGUUGUUGCUCCCUCAAUAUUUGAUGUCUUACUGAGGAAGCUACAGUCCUCACCUCUGGAUGACUGUUACGCCUCCCCCCACCCAUAUGAAGGAGAAUAAUAUGGGAUGCCUCCAAGCCACACUGUUGUGUUUGUAUCAGGGGUGUUUACACCGCUGCCGCAUACACACACUCAAUGUAUCUUUCAGAGGCUUAAAAGAAAAAAGAGAUAACAGCAAUUUCUUAGCAGAAUGUGGCAUGCUCCAGUUGAAAAGCUUUAUCUCAAAAAUUAUUGGGGACCUUGGAAACUUGAGCACUAGAAUCUUGCCCUCUGAAAUUGCCCUCCUGCUUUCCCCAAGGCAAAAACUUUUGAUCUGGACAUCAAAUAUACUCAAAAUCUCUACAAAUCCCAGGUGUUAGGGAGAAAGAAUGUACCCCAAAUGUUGUACAGUCCAGUUGAGCUGUAUUUGACAGAAGGCUGCACCCCAAAGGCUGCCCACGCUGCAGAAUGUUUGGUAGGACAAAUAAGCGCAAGACUAUUGUCAUUGUGAUAGAGUGCAUCCCAAGACAGUUGUGAGACAUUCUGCAAACCUCAGGGGCCAUGGGAAAUAAAAUUAAAGAAGGCCUAUGCCCCACAAAAAUGAAUGCCUUGAAUUUCAGAAAGUUGUAGGGGGCACAGAGACAUACAGAAACACCCUCAGAAAUUCUGAGCCCUUUUCCUUUACUUUUUGGGAGAGACAUACAUAUGCGACUUCACCCCCCUUUCUGUGGGAGCUUGAAGGAAUCUGGAGAAAUACUACCAGCCAGGGCCCUCCCUCAAAUUCUUGUAUAUCUAUGGAAGUUUGUGUGGAACAGACACACACCAGAAUAUGAUCAUUUCUAAAUGGCCUUCAAAAGCUUAGCUGGGAAGCAGGGGAGGGCAGAAUUUUGUUGCCAAAAGAAUCCAUCUUUUGAAUAAGGAUGAAUAUUAUUAAUUAAAAGAAUUUUCCAAACAAG